GUCAGGGGGCGGGGCAUGGAUGGCGGGGAGGGGGGAGGGGGGGACGAGGGACGAAGGGGGGGGGCGCGAACCGUGGGAGACAGAGGCCCAAAGACCGGCCAUGCCCGUGCCCCAAGAGUCCUUAGAGUCACCGAGGCGCCGGACCCGAGUAGACUAACCCCUCCCGCUCCCCUACGCCGCCGCCGCCGUCAGGACCCGCCAGGUGUGACCCCCCCCAGCGCCCCCCACCCCCCGAGGACCAUGGGAAACGUUCAGCACGCCAUCAAGAUGCCUGAGGGAGACUGGGAGAAUGGCAAGUCCCAGGUGCUGUGUGAAGGGCGGAAGUCUGGCACCGAGAACUCCUUCGUGUGUCGCUACUGCCAGAGAGUGUUCCGGAAGAGCUACAACCUCCUUAUCCACGAACGCUCGCACGAGGACCACACUAAAUGUCACUACGAUGUGUUCAGGGUUCGAUCCUCCCUUCAGGAGCUCAAGAACUACAACUACGCGACAUUGGCUUAUAAACUGUGGUAGAAAGAACAGCCACGUCACCUUCAGUAACACCUUCACCUCCUCCUCCGCCGCCUCCUUCUCCUUCUUCUCCCCAACCACAUCUUCAUCCUCCUUCUCACCCCCCGUCUUCCCUGUCUAAUGUAGGAAAGUUGGAAGAUGACAAAUUCGUUUCUUCCUCCUUCUUCUAUGUCCUCAUCUUCGUCCUAUGUCCCACCCUCCGUAUUCUCUGUCUUCAAAGAGGAACUGAUGUGAGAAAUUGUAGGAUGCAGAGUUCGCUGUCUCAUCUAUCUUUUCCGUCUUUUCCUUCGUCUUCUUUCUCACCUCCUCUUCACCUUCUCUUCAACUUCUCAUAUUCUGUCUUCUAAAAGGAACUGUUGUGUGAAAUUUUAAAGACACCCAGUUCGCUUUUUCCUCUUUCAUCUCCGUCUUCUUUGUCUUCUUUCUCACCCUCCAUCGCACUGUCUCCAUAACACCUUCACCCCCGUCUCCUUCCCAUCCUCAUCUUCAUCUACGUCCUCUUCCUGUCUUCAAAAAGGAGCUAAUGCAAGAAAAUUAGAAGACAUCCAGUUCUUUUCCUCCUUUUCUUCCCAUCCUCCUCUUCCUCUUUCCACGUCUUCCCUGUCUUCCACAAACAACUAGUGCAACAAAACAGCAAGAUGGCCAACACCACCUCCUACAGCGCCUCCUACAGGACAGGAACCGCCCCAAAAUUUGCACCUGUAUGGACUCCCCGGCCAUCUGCUGUCACCUGCACCUGCCACCCCCCCUCCCCCCGCCCCCUCCAAAAUCCUGCAGGACUCCCCGUGUAGGAUGCAGGAUGUGGGAUUGUAAUACUUCUGUGUGUGUUGUUGUGUGAUGUUAUUUUGAUUGUCUUUAUGUAUGGUUUUCUUUGGUGAGUGUCCAUAUUAUCAUCACUCAAUAGGAUGUGUAUUAACUAUUCCUACUACUACUACUACUACUACUACUACUACUACUAUAAUCCCAACAGAAACAUUCCAUAAUUAUUUGGUGUUUAAGUUUCUCUUCAUUCACUUCUCCUCCUCCUCUUCCUCCUCUUCCAUCUCCAUAGUUUAUUCUUCUUGUUUUCUAUCUUAUUUUGAAAAACAAUAAUUGAGAGAAAAAGAAGUAAUCGACCCGGAUGUAAAUAGUUCAGUUCAAGGCGUAGAAUUACAGUACCAAUAAUGAGUAACACGUCUGCUUCCUUAUAUAUUAUUUUUGCAGUCAUAACAGAAAGUGUGAUAGAUAGAAAAAGAAAAAAUAUAUACGAAAAGAAAACGAGGUGUGUGUGUGUAACUAUCCAUUUUCUUUCAUUGAAUUUAAGGAUAGGUUAAAGAUUUUGAUGAUGAUGAUGAUGAUGAUGGUGAUGAUGAUGAUGAUGGUGAUGAUGAUGAUGAUGAUGGUGAUGAUGCUGAUGAUGAUGGAGUGUUUAAAAGUCCGUCCCCUUCCCUGACCUUGUGUGUGAAUGACGUUUUUUCUCCUUUUUUUGUUAGUUUUGUCCCUUUCAAGUUUGUUACCAAGAUCGAAAAGGAGCAAAAAAGGCGACGAAGAUUAAGAAGGAAAGAAAGAAAGAAAAAAGGAACAAGAUUAGGUCGCUUAUGUGUGUGUAUGUUAUUUUGACUAUGUAUUACUUUACUACUACUAUUACAAUUACUAUUAUUAUUACUACUAUUUUUUUGCUUCGUAUUGUACUGGAUGGAACUGCGUCGAAUUUAGCGGAGUCCCCCGUUCGGGCUUUACGUCAGGCUGUGGUUGUCUUUAUCUCAUAGGUUGUGUAAAGAAAAUGGGAAACGGGUGUCUUCGGCAGUUUGUGCGUAUCAUUCUAAUUUGCUCUUAUGAUAGCGAUAAAAAAAAAAAAAUAGAUUGAACAUUAACUUGAGAUCUAAAGAAAAUAUUUUGUUUAUGUAUUAGCUCAUAAUUUUUCCUGUACGUCUUUAUUUUCACCUGACAUGGGAACGGAUUGUAAUGAUGCGGAAGAAUUGGCGAGCACACUUUAGUUUCCCUUAAUUAGGUUCCUCUGCUUUUUUAACUCCUUUACUUUGUUAAUAUCGAACAGAGAGACAUUCGCGUUAUCGCCAUGACAUUAUGUAAUGAUAUAUCUCGGUAACGUCACGUGGACGGAACAGCUCUGAACACAAACUGUAACACAUACGAAGUCUUACCGUAACCCAGAGUCCAAAAUUACACUAAUAAAAAAAGCGUUAACCCCGAGAACAAAGAAUCACAUUAGUUUGCAGGGUUGCCGCCAGAGCGCAGUAUAACACGAGUUGCCCCCAAGCACAGAUCAGCCAAUCAGCGAGUCUCAUCGUUGCUUUGUAUAUCCAAUCACCGAUUACAACUUUUAUUUACUCAUUUGAAUUUUGCAUUACGAAAAGGAAUUAUGCCACAACACCACAUACCGCGACACUAAUCCAUAACAUCAAACUAAAUCAAAUGCAAAGAGAGAAAAAAAAAUAGAUCAGGCAACAAAAAUACAUCCAUUAAAUAACAUCGCAGUAUAUAACUAUGAUUUUCGCCGUGAAAUCGGACAUAUUUCAAAAUAAAUCAAAUAACGUUACAUACCACGACUCAAUCAUCAAAUCCAACCUGAAACACACGGAAAACAGCAAUAAACAAUAACAGUUCCCUUCCGCACAAACACAACCGUUACAUUACUCUGAACUGGGAGCCGUGAAAAAGACAGACACGACAGAAUGUAAACAAACAAGCGGAGAGGCACGCGACCCACCCUCCACCCCCGCCUAUCCCCCCCCACCCACCUCCUUUCCCACCCUCCUCUGCGCCCCCCUCCCGCCUCGCUCCCGGCCAGUGUGGGUCUUGCUUUCACUAUUAUCGGUUAUUAUCAUCAACGCAGCUAAAUAUAUAUAUUGUUUAUAGGCGAGCAGUGUGUGUGUGUGUGUGUGUGUGUGUGUGUGUGUGUGUGUGUGUGUGUGUGUGUGUGUUUUCUUGCUAUAUGUGCGUAAAUUGUAUGUUCAGUGUUCGCAUGUGUGUGUGUGUGUGUGUGUGUGUGUGUGUGUGUGUGUGUGUGUGUGUGUGUGUGUGUG